AUGAAAACAAGAGAUGUGAUUUCUUACAACACUUUAAUCACAGGGUUUGCAGCUUAUGGCCAUGGCCUGGAAGCAGUUGAACUAAUGUGCAAAAUGGAAGAAGAAAGUAUUGAACCAGACCGCAUAACACUUAUUGGUGUUCUAACAGCUUGCAGCCAUGCAGGCCUACUAGAAGAAGGCAAAAAGGUCUUUGAAUCUAUCAAAGCUCCAGAAACAGAUCAUUAUGCUUGCAUGGUUGAUUUGUUAGGUCGGGUAGGUAAACUCGACGAAGCAAAGAGUUUGAUUGAAGAAAUGCCAAUGCAUCCUCACGCAGGAAUUUAUGGGUCACUCCUGAAUGCUAGUCGAGUUCACAAGAGAGUUGAUCUUGGGGAACUUGCUGCAAACAAGCUCUUUGAGAUAGAACCAGAAAAUUCAGGAAAUUAUGUUUUACUUUCAAAUUUAUAUGCUUCGCUAGGGAGAUGGGAAGAUGUCAACAGGGUCAGAGGGGCAAUGAGAAAAGGGGGAGUGAAGAAGACUACUGGAUGGAGUUGGGUGGAAUAUGGUGGUAAGAUGCAUAAGUUCAUCGUAGGUGAUCAGUCACAUGAACGAUCAGAAGAUAUUUAUAGAAUAUUGGCAGAAAUGAAAAAGAAGAUGAGGAUUUCCGGAUACAUAGCUGAUAAGAGCUGUGUGUUGAGAGACGUUGAGGAGGAAGAGAAGGAAGACAUGGUUAGCACUCAUAGUGAGAAAUUGGCCAUUGCGUUUGCUCUUCUCGUUAGUGAAGCAGGAGAAGUGAUUAGGGUGGUGAAGAAUCUAAGGGUAUGCUGGGAUUGCCAUCUGGCAAUAAAGAUGGUAUCAAUGUUGGAGGGGAGGGAGAUCAUUGUGAGGGAUAACAAUAGAUUUCACUGUUUCAACAAUGGGGUGUGCUCUUGCAAGGACAAUUGGUAA